UAAUUUUACCAGCGCCAUUUUGACGUUUAUGCCAAUAAAAUAGAACAAGUUGGCGUAAGACAGAAGAAUCUUUUUCUUGAUGUUUUCUCCUUGGUUAUUGAAACUAUGAAUAACCAUAUGCUCUGUACAUUUCUACACCUAUUGGACUGGAAUAGUUUUUUAUCAUACAUAAAAUAUUUGCUUUUAUACCAAACUAAAAGUUUGACGGUGCCUUCGUUUUCAUGAAUCUGAAAUGGUUGAACCCAAAAUACAUCAGAUUUUGUAGAUAACAGACCAUAAGUAAUUUACAUACAUAUAUAUUAGUAUAUCAGUUGCUAGAUUAUAUUUUGUAGCCAUACUUGAUCGAAUGAAUUUAUAUACGUGUGUUUACUUAGAAAAAAAUAUUUGAGGGAUUUAAAGAUUGCAACGACUAUUUUGUUCUGAACAAAGAGAUUGCAAUACAAAGAUAUAUUUGGUUCAUUAUAUUUUAGUUAAUUAGCCCAACUAGGUGGCAUAGAUUCUAUUUUGAACACUACUUAUUGUAAUAUUUUUACUAGGCAAUAAUUUGACUAGUCAAACAAUAUUUAAUAUUUGUUUGAUACAUUAUUCUUUAAAUUUAAGAAUCUCUAACAUUAUAUGCAUAUAUCAAUGCCUUUCUAACUAUAUGUGGAGAAACACAACAUAUACUCAAUUCGGUAUGCUUGGACCGAUGAUAGUUCAUAGUAGUUUUGUUUGUUCGUCGAUUAACUAACGAUCAUCAAAAAUCAGUUAUAUAACAUAUAAUUGGAGGGUUCAUCCACUUCAAUCCUCUAUUUGUAAAAUCUUAAUUCAGAGAAUUAUAAGAUAAGAAUUGUUAAUUAAAAAUUGAAAGGAGAGCAGCUUCUUCAAGGAGGGUUUAACCUAAUUGAGCUCUUAAUCCAAGGAGAAGGUCAAAUAAAUAUAUGUUAAAGUAGGAGACACGGAAACAGCUCUCACGUUCCCCUCUUCUAUCAUCUUACCCGCACUAAUGAACAACAAACUAAAUUUAUAUGAAAAUUAAAAUGUUAAAAGAGUUAUAUCUUCGAGGAAUAAUUAAACAUAUAAUUUUCGUGUUCGCUCCUGUGAUCCUCCAUAAAUCCUAUCAUCUCUAAUCACACUUACCUUUCUCUCUUCAUAAUAUUACUCUUUGUAGUGAGUAGUUGCCAAAUUCCCAUCUCUCAAAGCUUACUUGGAGUUGUGUUCUCAUGAAACCGGCAUGGUUGGAUGCGCUUUACGCAGAGAAAUUCUUCGUGGGAUGUCCGUACCAUGAGACGGCAAAGAAAAACGAGAAGAACGUGUGUUGUCUUGAUUGUUGCAUCAGUCUCUGUCCUCACUGUGUACCCUCACAUAGAUAUCACAGACUCCUUCAGGUUCGCCGCUAUGUGUAUCACGAGGUUAUUCGGCUUGAAGAUCUUCAAAAACUCAUCGACUGCUCUAACGUUCAAGCUUAUACAAUAAAUAGUGCCAAAGUGGUGUUCAUCAAGAAGAGACCACAGAAUAGACAAUUCAAAGGAGCUGGUAACUACUGCACUUCAUGUGACCGAAGUCUUCAAGAACCUUUUAUCCAUUGCUCACUGGGCUGUAAGGUGGAGUUCGUGAUGAAACGUUACAGGGAUAUAACUCCAUUCAUAAAGCCAUGUCACACUCUUACCCUAGGUCCUGACUACAUCAUCCCACAAGACUUACACGCAGAUGAUAAUAUGGCUGCCUACGAGACUCCACGAUCAACGGUCGUAGACGGUGAUGAUUCCAUGAGCUGGUCGUCGACUUCCUCCGAACUAGGAGAUGCUGCGACCACCACCCAUGUCGUUAGGAAAAAGCGAACUGGUUUCUGCUUCUGUGCCAAAUCGGCUAAUAGUUAUAAAGCAGUUUCGGAGGAUCCUGACGAUAUUUCCAAUUGCAUCAAUCGGCGCAAAGGCAUUCCUCAACGAUCUCCUCUCUGUUAAAGUUCUCUUUUAUUUUUUUGCUUUUGUUUUCUAAAUCUUCUUUUUAGUUUAUUUUCACCAUAUAGUCUUGUGUUACAUGUAUGGAUUGUUGUCUCUCAAUCUAAUAAAGUUUAUAAUCAAUCAUUUAUUGUUACCUU